UUUCCCCGGGAAGCGAACCCCCCGCUCGCUCUGGGACCGGCCGGUAGGGAGGUAGUUUAGACCACCAUCACAUGUCACACCACUGCACUGGGAAGCGUCAGACGUUGCGGCAUUACGUACAAUCUGGUGUACACAAUAUCCUAGGCGAGCUAGUGAGGACAGCUCUGAGCUAGCUAAGUUCGGUUCAUAUCUGAUGGUUUUCAUCUUUCCUUCAGCUUCUUCUGCCUGGAUCGACGUAUAUAUUCAACUCAAUAAAAUCAUUUACCAGCUUCUGUUUUGUUAAUCGCUCUCGACAACCAGGCAGUGUGUUUCUCACUGACUGACACUACUCUUCUCAUCUCAGUGACAGUGUGGCCUCUGUAGAUAGGUAGUGUUAGUUUCUGUAGUUGCUAAUGCUAGUGUCUGGUCAAGGACACAGGCUUGCUCAUCAUCAUCAUGCAAGUUCAACAAGCUGGUUUUCGAUUUGCGAUCGAUCGAGGUGGAACAUUCACCGAUGUUUACGCUCGUUGUCCCAGCGGUAAGACAAGGAUCUUGAAGCUCCUCUCGGAAGAUCCUAGUAAUUACCUGGAUGCCCCCAGGGAAGGAAUUCGUCGGAUCCUUCAGGAGGAAACGGGUCAGUUGAUGCCCCCUGACGUUCCUGUUGAUACAUCACAGAUUGAAUGGAUACGGAUGGGUACAACAGUAGCUACUAAUGCUUUAUUAGAGCGCAAAGGAGAACGUAUUGCCCUAGUCAUCACUAAAGGAUUCAAAGACUUGCUCUACAUCGGCAAUCAAGCCAGGCCCAAGAUAUUUGAUCUGGAGAUUGUCACCCCUGAGAUGCUUUAUGAAGAUGUUGUUGAGGUAUCAGAGUGGGUUGUCUUACAACAAGAUAAGUGUCAGCUUGCAAAGAAACGAGGCUUGGAGGUCGUGACGGGUACAACAGGAGAAAAGCUGGAGGUACGGGAGGGUAUUGAUAUGAAGAAACUUCGAGAUGAUCUUCAGACAGUACUUGAUAAAGGUAUACAGAGUCUUGCAGUUGUUCUCAAACAUGCUUACACGUUUGACAGGCAUGAGAAGCAUAUUGGAGAACUAGCUCAGCAGAUGGGGUUCCAUCACGUCUCACUGUCAAGUAGUGUCAUGCCGAUGGUUAGAAUGGUGCCUAGGGGAUAUACAGCUUCUGCUGAUGCCUACCUCACACCGUGUAUUAAGACCUACCUAGCAAGCUUUGCCGGAGGGUUCCAGAACAGUCUUGAAGGGAAGAGGGUUUUAUUCAUGCAGUCCGAUGGUGGACUUACCCCUAUGGACAAAUUUAAUGGUUCUCGUGCUAUUCUAUCGGGGCCAGCUGGAGGAGUUGUUGGGUACGCAGUCACUACGUACAAAAGAGAAACAGAUCUACCUGUUAUAGGAUUUGAUAUGGGAGGAACUUCCACUGAUGUGAGUCGCUAUGCUGGUGAAUAUGAACAUGUUUUUGAGACAACUACUGCCGGGGUAACCAUACAAGCCCCUCAGUUGGAUAUCAAUACGGUAGCAGCAGGUGGCGGAUCGCGUUUAUUUUUCCGAUCAGGUCUCUUCGUGGUUGGACCUGAGUCAGCCGGGGCACACCCGGGACCUACUUGCUAUCGCAAAGGUGGACCACUCUGCGUGACAGAUGCUAACUUGGUGCUUGGACGUUUAAGGCCAGAGUUCUUCCCCAGUAUAUUUGGCAAGAGUGAAGACCAACCUCUGGACAUUGAUGCAUCGGUCAAAUCCUUCAUUACUCUCACCAAAGAGGUGAAUGAGUUUUUGGCGAGUCAGCCGGAGGGAACCAAGAAAGAACCAAUGAGCAUGGAGGAGAUCGCUAUGGGUUUCAUUAAUGUUGCUAAUGAGACAAUGUGUCGACCAAUCAGAGCUCUCACUCAGGCUAAAGGUCAUGACACGUCAUGUCAUGUGUUAGCUUGUUUUGGUGGUGCAGGAGGUCAGCAUGCUUGCGCCAUAGCAAGGUCAUUGGGAAUGUCAACUGUCUUCAUUCAUAGAUUUUCCGGCAUUUUAUCAGCCUAUGGAAUGGCGCUGGCUGAUGUUGUACAUGAAGCUCAAGAACCGUGCGCCUUGCAGUAUGAAUCCAGUUCAUUUCCUCUCAUUGAUUGCCGGAUUGAGAAACUAACCGAGCAGUGUGUUCUAGAACUAGAAAAACAAGGAUUUACAAGGUCACAAAUUGACACAGAGUCCUACUUACAUCUUCGGUAUGACAGAACGGAUUGCGCCCUCAUGUGUUCAGCAGCUGACUUUCCAGUAACUAAAACAAGCUGUUGCCAUGGUGAUUUUGAGGGAGCAUUCAAUGCCAGGUACAAGCGAGAGUUUGGUUUCACUAUUCCAGGACGUUCUAUCAUCGUUGAUGACAUCAGAGUACGUGGAGUAGGAAAGACAGAUAUCAUUGAAGAUAGACUACUCAAAACGAGCGCCAAAGAACCAAAGAGUCAACUGGUGACGAGAUGCUAUUUUGACUCUAAGUACUGGGAUACCAAACUCUAUCUGCUAGAUGACCUAUCAAGCAAUCAUACCAUUCAAGGACCAGCCAUCUUAAUAGAGAAGAACAGUACCGUGGUGAUUGAGCCACACUGUCAGGCAAGGAUAACACAACGAGGAGAUAUACACAUCAAGAUUGGUAGUGGUUUGAGAAAAGGUAUCGGAACGGAGUUAGACACCAUUCAACUCUCCAUCUUCUCACAUCGGUUUAUGAGUACAGCUGAACAGAUGGGGAGAAUUCUACAAAGAACAGCCAUCUCAACAAAUAUUAAGGAGAGACUUGAUUUUUCUUGUGCCAUGUUUGGAUUUGAUGGUGGGUUGGUCGCCAACGCUCCUCAUAUUCCUGUCCAUCUUGGUGCAAUGCAAGAAACCGUGCAAUACCAGAUGAAAGUUCUUGGUGAUGAUUUGAAGGAGGGUGAUAUGAUAUUAACGAAUCAUCCAUGUGCAGGAGGCAGCCAUUUGCCGGAUUUAACUGUCAUUACUCCAGUAUUCUAUCCAGGAAGUCUGAAGCCUGUAUUCUUCGUAGCUAGCCGAGGACAUCAUGCAGAUAUUGGUGGGAUUGCCCCUGGGUCUAUGCCGCCUAACUCUAAGCAUCUUGGUGAGGAAGGAGCCGUCUUUAAGACAUUCAAAUUGGUUAAAGAUGGCAUCUUUCAAGAAGAAGAUGUAGUGAAAGCAUUCAUGGCACCAGGUGAGGUACCAGGGAGCAGUGGUACCAGGAACCUCCAUGACAACCUAGCGGAUCUCAGGGCACAAGUUGCAGCCAAUCAAAAGGGUAUCACCCUGAUCACAGAACUGAUUGAUAGCUAUGGUCUUGAUGUCGUCUUGGCUUAUAUGGGUCACAUUCAAACCAAUGCUGAGAUUGCUGUGCGUGAGAUGCUGAAAGAGAUUGGGAAGAACACCUUGGAGAAGACGGGCAAGACGAGACUGAUGGCUGUUGAUUACAUGGAUGAUGGCACACCUAUUCAACUCAGUAUUGAUAUCAAUAUAAACGAGGGUGCAGCAUUUUUUGACUUCACUGGUACUGGACCUGAGGUAUAUGGUAACUGCAAUGCACCAAGAGCGGUUACCAUGUCCGCUAUUAUCUACUGUCUGCGCUGUAUGAUCGGACAUGAUGUACCACUGAAUCAGGGUUGCUUAAAACCUGUGCAAUUACACAUUCCAAAAGGAUCUAUCCUCGACCCAUCUGAGAAUGCUGCCGUCGUCGGGGGUAACGUUCUGACAUCACAACGUGUAGUUGAUGUUGUACUCAAAGCAUUUGCUGUCUGUGCUGCAUCACAGGGUUGUAUGAACAACAUAACAUUUGGUGAUGCAGACAUUGGUUAUUAUGAGACGGUCUCGGGAGGUGCAGGAGCGGGGCCAACCUGGGAUGGUCAAAGUGGAGUCCACACUCACAUGACAAACACAAGAAUCACUGAUCCAGAGAUUCUAGAAAGAAGAUACCCAGUUGUACUGAAGCGUUUUGAGCUAAACCCAAACACAGGAGGACUGGGUCAGUACAGGGGUGGUGACGGAGUUAUCCGAGAAGUUCUGUUUCGACGACCUUUGACAUUGUCAGUACUAACGGAGAGGAGGGCGUUUAGGCCAUAUGGAAUGAAAGGUGGAGAACCUGGCCAACCUGGUAAGAAUCUGUUCAUCUACGAGGACGGUAGAAUAAUCAACUUGGGAGGCAAAACUGCCAUUAAUGUCAAGGCAGGAGACACUCUGCAGCUGUGCACACCAGGCGGGGGUGGGUUUGGAACACCGCCCGAAAAGAACUGUGGGACAGACUAUGACGUCUUACCGUCCAAACGAAGACGUCAUAACCAGGUGGCUAGUCAGCUUUAUACAGAGAAAGGAAGUGUACAUGCGUUUCGUAUGGCACAGGAACAAGUAUGAUCAAGAUAAAACUUGGGGUGUAUCCAAAUUGGCGACUACUGCUACAGCUACGACUGUGCUAAAGAGUGUUGUUAAAGACACUGGACACUAUUGGUAAUUGUCAAAGAUUAGUCAUCACACAGUUGGUGUAUCUCAAAAUCU